AAGACGGAUUUAUUUAAUAGGCGCCACGUUUCAGCACUUGUCGCCGGAAAGUGUGACUUCGUGGCCGGAGUGUGCCGGUGGGCAAAUCACUGAUUCCGUGACACGUGCAAUGGUGGGAAAAACCAGUGAAGUGUGAUUGAAUGAGGAGGCAAGAGUGGCCACUUUUGAGGAUGUUCUCAAUGGAUCCGUUCGACUUUGACGCCGCCAUGACGCGUCACCUGUUCGAGGCGAAUCACUAUCAUAGCCUAGCCAGCUCAAUAUCGCCCAGCUCCUCGGACUUCUUCCUCUGCGAUGACAAUUCCACGGACACGGAUUCUUGUGGCGGCUACAACAGCGAUCAGGAGAACACGGCUGAGAAAAUGUACCAGAAAUCACAGUUUGAAAUCCUGGAUUUUCCCUCAUUUUCCUCUCAAUUUUGCAGUUUUCGGACGCAGAAGGUUCGCCGGGUAAAGUGCGCCUCGCAACAGGCUCAGCAGCGCCAGGCGGCCAAUCUGAGGGAGCGCCGGCGGAUGCAGAGCAUCAACGAGGCCUUUGAGGGUCUCCGAUCGCACAUUCCAACGCUUCCCUAUGAGAAGCGCCUCAGCAAAGUCGACACCCUGAAGUUGGCCAUCAGCUACAUCACCUUCCUGGGCGAGAUGGUGCGCAAAGAUCGCAACGGGAACGAGCCAGGACUCAACGGACUGCAGCGCAGUACGAACAGAGAACCGCCAAAGAAAAUCAUCCUCAGAGCAGGCAGUGGAGUUUCGCACUCGCUAUCCUGGCACAGGAAAGGCGACAGAGUACCAGGAGCUCGUCUUUUCGCCCGCGUCUGGACGCCAGAAGAUCCUCGAGCUGUUCAGCGCAAUGGAUCCGCCGGUCCGUCGUUCAUCAACCACUCAGCCUGAAAGGAUCUUCCCAUCCUGUAAAUACAGCCUCAUCCGGAAGAGGAGCAACGCAUCUAGUCAUACUGCAAGUCACAACUUUUCCUUAUAGUGAACAAAUUAUUUUAUUUAUAUCUUUUUUAUACAAAACAACAUUCCUUUGAUCAGAAGAAAGUGAGAAUUUCUG